UUUUAGUGGGCUCAGUACAUUUUGUCUCUCGGAGGCAGAACGUUAGAGUUUAGAGCCGCUUAACUCUAACAUUCUGGUGUUCUAAAGAUGCUAUUCAGACCCCUGGCUCUAGCACUAUUGUGCAGCACGAGCAUCAACAGUAAAGCCAUCAACACUCUAGCCGUAAAUUACAUAAUACGGGCCUUACAGGAUUGUCGUCGAACGCUUUUACAUGUGUCAACCAGACAACCGCGUGCCUCCUUGGAGUUGGUAUGUGCGCGCUAGUCACUUCAACCCACAGACACCAAAAGAACUGCAACGCGUGACCGGUAAUUUUUGCACAACUACAGCUUUGGAUGACAGCCUCUGGGGGAGAGCAAAUAUGGGCGUUCGGUCAAAUAAUCAAUGGAAAGAAAACGCCUUUGUCGGCUAUUUCAAAAACUCUGCUUGUCGUCACCUUCGAGAAAAUAUCCCUGGAUUUUUCAACGCUGCUUUUAAGCAGAGUACACAAACCAAAGGAGUGUGCAGCAUCAAACCAGGCGUGUACGAGGUCAAUGACUACCCCAUAGAUUGGACAUUUCCAAAAAUUCCAAUCAUGCCGUAUGCACACUAUCGGUUCAACGUCACCUUUGGCAAAGAUGAAAACCUAUACGGAUGUUUUGUGGUAGAGAACAGGGUUAUUCCUAAACUCGAGUAGCUAUACACUGUUUAUAUUUUUACACGUUCUUUACUUCCAUCACCACUUCUCUACACUGGAAAACGCAAGUGUGUGAAUGUCGCUCACCUACAAGUAAGCGACAUUCACACACUUGCGUUUCUAGUGAUUGAUUGUUGAAGAACGAGUAUUGCUUGAUUAGUGGUUAGUAAGGUGUUUUACGUUUUACG